ACUGAAUGACAGAGAGGAAGAAAGAGAGAGGUCUCGCGCUCCCUCCCACCGCUCGUGCGCACCGACUGUGACUGCGCUCCCUCUCCUCCAUUCAAACAUGGCGAAACUCUUUGCCAUUAUACCGCCGCCACCAUCACCUUCCUCCACUUCAUCGUCAUCCCCCCCACCAUCAUUAUCUUCACCAUCAUUAUCACCAUUAUCUCCGGUAGCGUGAUGACCCGGGAGGAUGGAGAAGUUGUCGGCGAGCCUGUCGGAGAUCACUUGGAGCCCGUUGGCGCUGCCGUUGGACGCGGUGGUCAGCAAGUUCCGUCUGCCCACUCUGGUCCGACUGGCCCACGGUGAAUGUGUGGAGGGGCUCUCGGAGGAGGAUGUGGUGCUGUUACACUCCUGCCGUCAGUGGACCACUGUGACUGCUCACAGCUUGGAAGAGGGACACUACGUUAUUGGACCCAAGAUAGACAUCCCUCUGCAAUACCAGGGGAAGUUCAAGUUGUUGGAUGAAGACCGAGACGUCAGGGAUCUGGUCCAGUAUUUUUCCAGUGUGGAGGAAGUUGCCGGAGUCUUCCCUGACCGGGUCUUUGUCAUGGAGACUAUCACUUUUAGUGUCAAGGUGGUUUCAGGCGAGUUCAGUGAGGACAGUGAGCCCUACAGCUUCACUCUGCAGGCUGGAGAUGAGCUGUCACUCAUGGGGAAGGCGGAGCUUCUCUGUGCCGCGGCGUCUAAGGACAAGACUGGACUGAGCGCACUCUUGAGACGCCUGGGAAAGACUCCUCGAAGUAAAACUCCAUGCCUGGUCUGUAUGAACCAUCGCACCAAUCAGAGCGUUAGCCUACCCUUUGGUUGCCGUGGACGCUUUUGCACACGCUCCCCUCUAGAGCAAGGCAUGCUGGGAGGGGAGCACACGGUACGCAGCAUCAUCGAGAGGGUUCGCCUCCCCGUAAACGUGUCCGUGCCUUCUCGACCACCACGAAACCCCUACGACCGCCACGCGGUCCGAGAGGGCCACCGCUACAAGCUGCUCAACAUCGUCAGCAAGACGGUGGUGCUCUGCAUGGUACUCCGCCGACAGGAAGUCUCUCCCUCCCACUUCCUGCUGCUGCGCUGCAUGCCCCGGUUCAACGUGGCCGAGGCCUCUGUCCACACGGCAGCGUUGGAAAGCCUCCUAUUGCGACACGCGUUCGACCCGGAUGCCUACUCUCGGGCUGUUAGAGAAACCCGGCCAGAGCUGGAGUGUAUGACCGAGGAGUGUGUGAGCCCGCGGCGCUCUCGCAUGUGUGUGUCGGGUCAGGACUCCUUGGCACCGGCGCUGCAGCGGCUCUCCAUGUGCGGGUAUGGGGGCGGGGUUUCGGACAGCUUAUCACAGCGCUGCAGGGACUCUCUGGGAGAGCGGCUGGGGGAGGGACCGGGUGAGGAGCGGGAGUAUGUGACUCCUGAGUGGACUGAGGCUGAAAUGAGGACCAGUGAGGAGAUUCCUUACGAGGAACUCUGGACCAAUCAGAAUGCAGAGGGCUUGGGAAAGGAGCCAAAUCUCAUCUCCUUUCAUUCGUCUGCCACAUUGGAUGUAUCUCUUGGUACCAUGGUGACGAGAGUGUCUACCCCGCCACCCGUACCUCCCAAAUCUGAUGCUGUGAGAGAGGAGUGUCGCUACUUGAUCGCCCCUCCGGUUCCCCCUCGCUGCUCUAAAGGAGGCUCCAUAUCCAGUCCAGUCCCAAGCCCUCCCGUCCCACCUCGCUUCCCCAAAACAUCCACCUCCCCGAGACCCAACCUCUCCUUCUACUCCUCUGGACUUCAGGACAGCUGUUCGCCCUCUCCAGACGCUUCCCUCUACUGUUACCCGUGCUCCUGGGCCGACUGCCCGGCCCCUAACCCUGCCAGUCCUGAUCCAGCCUCUGCCACCCCUGCAGACAACACAGCGAACACAGCCAAUCCUCAGCCAGCACAGGCCACCUGGGCAGAGCCGUGGGUAGAUUCCUUCACCUCCUCUGGACCUCGACUGAGGCCGCCACCUCCACAGAGUAGAUUUGCCCCCUUCGGGGCGUUGAACCCCUUUAACCGCCAGUCCCCUUGCCCCUCGCCUGAGCCCCCUGCCAACCCCACCACAGAUUCCUCCAGAGGUGCAGAGGGCGGCGGGACGUCCACAGCGGUCGCUGAAGGGUUGGGCCCGCCCCCUGACCCCACUUGGCGGCCUCCCGCUGACCUGUCUGUGCUGUCAUUGGAGGAGGUGUCGGCCUGCCUACGGUUCAUCGGCCUAUCAGAGGCAGCGGUGGCUGUGUUCCAGAGGGAGCGGAUCGACGGCAGCCUCCUGGUGCAGCUGACUGAGGACAUCCUGUCCCAUGACUUCCACCUGAGCCGACUCCAUGUCACCAAGAUCACACAGUUCAUACAGGGCUGGAGGCCCAAGAUCUAACACGCACACACACGCGGACGCACACAAUGUGCCUGUUGGCUACUGAGCCAUCCUGAAUGUGCCUUUCACUGUGACCAACUGGCUGCUGAGCCCCAAUGACUGAAGCUGAGACUUUACUGAAGGAAACCACGCCACCCUGUGGUCAAAGUAUAAACCUGACACUUGACUUAACUGGAUCUCAUGCCAGGAGUCUCUGACAGACUGACUGUCUGUCUGAAUCAUAGACUGGGACUAGUUUACUAACAAAAGGCUACAAAAGAGAGCUACAUUAUGAAGGUGCCCCAUUUCAGUCCGUCUUUGCGGCAGAUAGUCAACCACAUGUUCGAGACAGCUAAAGGUUUUAAGCACUAAAUGGAUUUGUGUGGCCUUCAUGCUGUGAUCCCACAUCAUAUCUGAUAUGAGGCGAAAACAUUCAUUUAUUCAACAUUAAAAAUAUAGGGGUGAGUUUUGCAAUAUGGGGGGCGUUAAGAGAAUUACAGCCUCUAUUGUGGACCAGUAGGAUAUGUAACCACGCUGAUGUAACACUGAAUCUGUUUCCUACCUGAGUCUCUUGCACAGCCUUUUUCAUCCGUUGUUCGUCAUCUGUGCAUUGAGCUUCAGUGGCCUGUAUUUGACAUAAAUAACAAUUCUUAGGAGAUAAAAAAAGCUAGUUGUUUAAAGCUAAAU